GCUACAGAUGGAUCCCUGAGGAGCGAGGACUGGGCUCUCAACAUGGAGAUCUGUGAUAUCGUUAACGAGACUGAAGAAGGGCCCAAAGAUGCCUUCAGAGCCAUAAAGAAGAGGAUUGUAGGGAAUAAGAACUUUCAUGAAGUUAUGCUGGCUUUGACGGUCCUGGAGACAUGUGUUAAAAACUGUGGCCAUCGCUUCCAUGUCCUUGUGGCCAGCCAGGACUUUGUAGAAGGUGUCCUGGUGAGAACAAUCCUGCCAAAGAACAAUCCUCCUGCCAUUGUGCAUGACAAAGUGCUGACCCUCAUCCAGUCCUGGGCGGAUGCCUUCCGGAGCUCCCCAGACUUGACAGGUGUCGUCACUGUCUAUGAAGACCUGAGGCGGAAAGGUCUGGAGUUCCCCAUGACUGACCUGGACAUGCUGUCACCCAUCCACACACCACAAAGGACUGUGUAUAGUUCUGACUCCCAGUCUGGACAGAAUUCACCUGCAGCCAACUCCCCUCAGCGGAUAGAGUCCAUCCUCCACCCUGCCACCCUGCCCAUGGGGACAGGCGCUUCCAGCGAUGUGCCCAUCAUACCCACACCAGAGCAGAUCGGGAAACUGCGCAGUGAGCUGGAAGUUGUGAAUGGGAACGUGAAAGUGAUGUCGGAGAUGUUGACAGAGCUGGUGCCGGCCCAGGCCGAGACUUCCGACCUGGAACUGUUGCAAGAGCUAAAUCGGACGUGCAGAGCCAUGCAACAGCGUGUGCUGGAGCUGAUUCCCCGUAUCCUCCAUGAGCAGCUCACCGAGGAGCUACUCCUCAUCAAUGACAACCUCAACAAUGUGUUUCUGCGCCAUGAAAGGUUUGAGCGUCUUCGGACCGGACAGCCUGUUAAGGUGGCAAAUGAGGCGGAGAACAGCUUGAUUGAUCUGGGAUCCAGUGCUCCUUCUGCAGCAAGACAACCUGAAGCCACCAACAAUCUCUCCUCUCAGCUGGCUGGAAUGAACUUAGGCUCGAGUAGUGUGAGUGAAGGGCUGCACUCCCUUGACACCUCGGGCAAGCUGGAAGAAGAGUUUGACAUGUUUGCCCUGACCCGUGGCAGCUCGCUGGCUGAGCAGCGCAGAGAGAUGAAGUACGAAGAUCCCCAAGCCUCCAAAGGACUCGCUGGCGCCCUAGAUGCCCGGCAGCAGAACACAGGGGUGGGGGAGCCUGGUGACUCCAGUGAUGGAGCCCCACUGACUAACUGGAUGAUGCGACAAGGAAUGGUGCCAGUCCCCCAAGCCAAUUUCAUGGAAGACAUAGAGAAGUGGCUCUCCACUGAUGUGGGAGAGUCAGAGGAUGCGAAAGGUGUCACCAGUGAAGAGUUUGACAAGUUCCUGGAAGAGCGAGCAAAAGUUGCAGACCAGCUACCCACUUUGUCCAGCUCCUCAGCAGGGACAUCUGUCUUGCCUCCUGCUGCCAGCCAUCAUCAGAAGCAGGCAAAGGAAGAUGAUGCUAUGUUUGCCUUGUGAAUGCUACAGACUGGCGUGCUGUGGAGUAAGAGGCUGUGUGUGUGCCGUUUUGCUCGCCUCUGACCAGGGGCCAGCAGGGGAAGGACUCUGUCCCCUUCCUCCACUCUCUUCCUGUUUUCCAUUUGAGUUGUUUUUAUUUUUAAGCUGCUUUCAGAUUCCAGAUAAUCAUUGUUGUGUUUAGGGAUAUCACACAAUAGACUUGCGAAGGUGGUUUUCAAAGCUGCUAGAGAACAUGGAAGUUCAGUGAGC